CCACUGCAGCAGAAGAAGAUGGCCAGGCUUGGCGUCCUGAUCUUGGCUGCGCUGCUCGGCGCCGUCGCUGCCCAAGCGGCAGGGUCCUACGGCGGCGGCAAUUAUUCUCCGAGCCCAAGCCCGCCCGCCCAGACUCCUCCGCCGCCUCCUGCUCGUCCGCGGCUCAGGUUCGGGUUCUACAAGCACUCGUGCCCUCCCGCGGAGGUCAUAGUCAGGGACGCCGUCCGGAAUGCCCUCCUCGUCAACCCCGGCAUCGGCGCCGGCCUCAUCCGCAUGGCCUUCCACGACUGCUUCGUCCAGGGCUGCGACGGCUCCGUGCUGCUCGACCCGACGCCGGCGAACCCGCGCCCGGAGAAGCUCGGCCCGCCCAACUUCCCGAGCCUGCGUGGCUUCGAGGUCAUUGACGCCGCCAAGGCCGCGCUCGAGAGGUACUGCCCCGGCGUCGUCUCCUGCGCCGACGUCGUCCAGUACGCCGCCCGCGACGCCGCUUUCUUCCUCAGUGGAUUUAAAGUCGACUACAGGCUCCCCGCGGGGCGAUUUGACGGCAGCGUGUCGCUCGAGAGCGAGUCGCUCGCCUUCCUGCCCCCGCCAUUCUUCAACCUCUCGCAGCUCAUCACCAGCUUCCAAGUCAAGGGCAUGAACAUCGACGACCUCGUCGUGCUCUCCGGAUCCCACACCAUCGGCCGCUCCCACUGCUCCUCCUUCUCCGACCGCAUCUCCACGCCGCCCUCCGACAUGGACCCGGGCCUCGCCACCGCGCUCAAGCAGCAGUGCCCGGCGAACCCCAACUUCACCAACGACCCCACGGUGGUGCAGGACGUCGUCACCGCCGACAAGCUGGACAACCAGUACUACAAGAACGUCCUGAACCACAAGGUGCUCUUCAACUCCGACGCGGCGCUUCUGACGUCGACGCCGACGGCGAGGAAGGUCGUGGAGAACGCGUUCGUCCGCGGGAGGUGGGAGAAGAAGUUCGCCAAGGCCAUGGUGAAGAUGGCCGCCAUCGAGGUCAAGACCGCCGCCAACGGCGAGGUCAGGAAGAACUGCCGCGUCGUCAACAGCAAGCCGUGACCAGAUGUCCAGAAUCCAGAUGGCGGCCAACAUUCCCCGACUCCGAGAAGUUGCCACUUGCAGUCACUCCUACUGAUUAACCACUCAUGUUGCAGCUAGCAUUUUAAUGGCCUGUUGCUUUAUUUCUUCAGAAGCACGUGGCUCGAUUCUUUCGUUGCAUUUUCAGAUGAUGAGGUUGGAUGAUUUUCAUGCUGAAUUAUAUUUUCCAGAAGAUGUACUGGAUUGAAUUAAAGACGAGACGAUUCGACAAAGCUCAA